GCAACGCUGUCUUAGGCUGUGACUUGUGAUAACAACAACUUGGUCCUCGUCUUCCUCCCUCUUCCUCCCUCUUGCUCCUUUCUUUCGAUCUUGUCUGGAUCGAUCUAGAGCCUGGGGUGUCCUAGGGUUCCUUCCAUUUCGCCAGUCACACCCAUUUGCACCCAGUCACGCACAGGUCAUCAUCGUCCAGCCCGCCCAAUCAUGUCCAAGAACACAUCAUCGAGCGCGUUCCGUCGGAUUGACGUGGAUCAAUUCAAUGAGGACAACUUUAAAGACGAGGCCGAACUGCCUGCCCAUGGCGAGGCUGGAUCCCCCGCCGCCUCUCAGCUUGAUAGUGGGCCCAUCAUGAGCCUCAUUCAGGGUGGCCAACCAGCCGAGGCCCUCAAGACCAUCCUGGCCCACGCCCCUAUGGGAUCCACCAAGGCCCAAGAGGAAAAGGAUGCGGCCUUGCAAUUGGUGCUGAAAGUGUUGUUGUCCGUGAAGCAACAAAGCCAGGUCGAAAACUUGGUCAAACAGUUGGACAAUGACCAAAGAGAUACCCUGAUGAAAUACAUCUACCGGGGCUUUGAAACGCCUUCCGAAGGAUCCAGUGCCCAUCUCCUCUUGUGGCAUGAAAAGGUGUACGAAGUGGCUGGGGUCGGCUCCAUAGUCCGAGUGCUCUCCGAUCGAACCAAAGUCUAAGUCGAGCGGUCCCCCAUAAUAUGCAUUUUUAUCCCGCCUCAGUGAUCGUUUAAUAUCGUUUUUUUUUACUCAAAUAUUUGAUGAACGACCCAAAUUUCGGGUCUAAAUUCUAACUGAUUUAUCUGCUUCAUUCAUUAAAAAUUGCCCUAUCAAAGCCA